AUGGCUAAUCAUCGAAAGAAAAGAGAAUGGCCAGAAGAUUUCCAGGAUAGUCAAAUCAGGAUUGAAGGAAAAAUUAAAAAGUUUAUAACCACUUUUAUUCAAGAGUUUAACAACAACUUGAAUGAUUUAUCUCAAGUACUGGAUAGAGAAACUAAGUACAAGCCAGAAAUAAUUAGAAACAACGCUGCACAAAUUUUCAUUGACUUCCUAACCUUUAUACGUUCGUUGCCUAUUAAAACUCCGCUGGUUGAUUUAGGAAAACUAACUUCAAAUAUAGAAAAUUUGAUUUUAAUAAUAAAGAAAAGGUAUGAUCGCAAGACAAUUAAGAAAAUUAUUAAUGGUAUAUCUCCCAACAAUGACCGCUCCGCAUUAGGCAUAUCUAUGAUAGCUUGCGAUCUCGUCAGGAUCUACGAGCAACAACUAUCCUUUAUUUCUAACUCAAGCGAUUUUUACUACAUUAAGAAAUUUGCUAAGGAUAUGAUCGCUGCUAUCAUCGUGUAUAUUUUGGAUCAACCAGAUAAUCUACCGCAAGAAGCAGACAAAAUGGCAAAAUUUAUUAGCCCAUGCAUUAUGAAUCCAAAAAUUGUCAAGAAAAAUUGCUACAAUAUUUAUUGCUGCGUCGUAAAUAUUUAUCCUGAUGCGGCAGUCGAAAGUUCUGGAAUUACAAUAGAAGAGGAUAAUUCGUACAAGUAUUACGACUUACCUCGUCAAGGGAAAAAUGCUCAGUAUGGCUUCCGACAAUUAUCCAUCUUCAGACAGCAAGAUAUCGAAAAACAAGAUGCUAUUCGGUGCCUCAACGAUAUUACAAAGCAAAUAAAGAGCAGUUCUCAACCACUGUACCAGUAUCAAAGCAAAUUAAGCAGGAAUCUAGACAUGCAAUUCUUUAUCCAAUAUGCUGAACAAGUUUUAGAUGUAGUCAAACAGGAUGAAUAUAAAAUCUCUGUUACGAUCGAUGACGAUCAAAUUAAUGCAAUCACAGCAUUGAUAACAGAGAAUGUUUUCAAUUUGAUCAGUGAUCUACUGAAUAAGUUGAAGAUUUCUUUGAAAGAAGUGUUUACGAACGAGAUGGUAGAGAAAAUUACCAAAUGUCUAGAUCUGAUUACUAAUGAAGAAUUCGUGUUAACUUACUCAAACAAGCAGAUUUUAGAGCAUAUGAAUCAAAAUCAAGAAACAAUAAUAAAAAUGCUAAAUGAAAUUUUUGAAAAUCAAAAUAGAAUGCAACAAGAGCUAGAUAAUUUAAAUCAAAAGCGAGGAAAUGGCAUAGCUACACUUAUACCUAGUCAACCCAAGGAGAAUAUAUCACAAGAUGGCGACUGUCUGGAUGGCGUAGUCAUGGACAGAACUCUUGAAGAAGGUGAAGGUGCCCAACGAAUCUUAGAUUUAAUUUCCAAAACUCAAAUCUUGAAUGACAUCAAAGCUGUCAAUUUAAAAGUGUUUUACGAAUGUCUCGGCCUAAAGCAUUUUAAAGUCAAAACAAUCUUGAGCAGUAAUCUAACAAUAGGAGAUAGACUAAAAAAUAUAAUUAAAAUUUGGUGCAACGAAAAACAAACCGAAGCAACAAAAAGAGUUCUCGUUGAAGCUUUGUCUAAAGUUGGAUUAGAUAAAGCAGCUGAAUUGGUAUCCAAGUCUCAGAAGUAA